UGCAGCAACAGAGCCGGUGGGAGAAGAACGAGGAGCAGAGCUCCUGGGCCGGCUUGUACUUUGUGGAGGAUCUGCAGCACAUCCACCGGCAGGUGAGCUUGGUCUGCAGCCAGCUGGAGCCCUGCUUUCCCUGCCUGUCCUCAUCAGACAGCCCUCCUGUAGAUGCUGCUCCUCUACAAGACCCAGUCCUGGAAGGGCUGCCAGAAGGAGCUGGACGCCAUAAGCUGGGCCCUGGAGCUGUACCUAUGGCCAGAGGAUCUUGCUGGAGCUGCUCUUCACCGAGUGACCAAUACUCUGCAAGAAGAGCAAGUAGUAGCUGCGCAGGGGGUGGAGCACGCAGGGGCCACUACAGGGGCAGUGAUCACA